AUGUCCGAUAUUACGAGGGAAGAUCUGAUGCAGGUCCCGCUUGACCAGAAGCUUCAGUCAGAAGCACAGUGGAGGGUCUGGAUAGGCCAUAUCAAGUCAGCGGCUGUUGCAGAAGAUGCAUGGGAUUACCUGGACCCCGAGAAGGCGGAUGAUGAGGUCCUGCAGGUUCCUGAAGCUCAGGAAGAGCCAUCGUUACCUCGGGAUAACCGCCACCGGGAGAAGGACAUCAUGGAGCUAGACGAUGCUGAGCUCAAGCGGUACACGUUAGCCGUUCAAGCGUACGAUCGCCGCGAUCAGCGCCGACAGAGGUUGCAAAAGACUAUGUCACGAUUGAAUAGCCUCAUUACCCGAUCGCUAGCCACAGAACACCACUAUCUUGUUGUAGGAGAGGACUCACCACGGAGGAAGCUAAUGAAGCUGUCCGAAACGUUUAAACCGAAGCCUCACAAUCGUCAACAGCAGCUUCGCCGUGCUUGGAGAGAGAUGAUCAGACAGAAGCCACCAGGUGAUACUGAUCACUGGUUGACUCAAUGGAUUAGUCUAUUUGAGGAAGGCAAGAUCGCUGGCAUACCUGAUUGCUCUAGCGGAGAUCACUUUGCGAUACGAGACUUCCUUGACGCGAUACAACCGGUUGAUGACACCUGGUGCACGUCCUGGCGUGGGAAACUGGUAGAUGAGGAGAAAUCCAUCACAUUUCAUGAGGUUAUAGCUAGCUACCGCAGUCGCUGUGGGGAUCUCGCGGUCUCUAACGGGCGGAGGCAACCGAAGAUAGCUCUGGCUUCGUUAAACGGCGAACCUGAAGCUAAGCCUGCUGAGAGGACAUACCGCAAGAAGUGUCCAUGUGGUAACACUCAUCCCCAACAUCACUACUCUAAAUGCUUCUAUCUCAACGAGUCAAUUCGACCGGAGGGCUGGAAGCCACGGGAGGGUACUCUUCAACGUAUCCCUGAAUCAAGAGAAGAUCGCCAAAAUGCAGCAGAGAAAGACUGA